AUGACUGAUUCUGCUCAAGAGACAGUAGCUUCUUCAAUCCCUCCGGCUACGUUGCUGAUCUCUUCUCCAUAUUUCUUACAUUCGAAUGAUCAGCCGGGUGCAUCACUUGUUACUCCACAAUUAGAUGGUGACAAUUAUCCGACAUGGAACCGUUCCAUGUUGAUGGCUCUUGAAGCCAAGAACAAAAUCAGUUUUAUUGAUGGCUCUCUUCCGAUUCCGGCAACUUCAUCUGCAGAUUAUGCUCACUGGGUUCGUUGCAACAGCAUGGUCAAGUCCUGGCUUGUACACUCCACAAUCCCUUCCAUCUCCCAUAGUAUUCUAUGGAUUGACUCCGCACACGCCAUAUGGACUGACCUCCAAGAUCGGUUCUCCCCAAAGAAUGCACCGCGUAUUUUUGAGAUACGUCGUGCACUUUCCACUCAUGUCCAAGGCAGUGAUUCGAUAUCAGCAUACUAUACCAUCGUCAAAGGUUAUCGCGAUGAACUGCUAUCUUACCGUGCUCUUCCCAACUGUUCUUGUGGAGCUCUCAAAACGCUGCAAGAUUUUCUGAAUACCGAUCACUUGCUUGACUUCCUUCAAGGCUUAAAUGACAAUUAUGCGGCUGUGCGCAGCCAAAUACUGCUGAUGGACCCUUUGCCCACUGUCGCCAAGGCUUACUCACUGCUCUUGCAAGAAGAGCGCUAG